AGCGGCCCGCUCAGUCUAAUUUGAACCGUCGCGCGCGCCCGACGCGGGGCCAACGACGAUCCCUUCUCCGCCGAGACGUGACACGAGGUCCUCGUGCACGCGACGACGCUGACGUCGAGCCGUCGCAGAAAAGAAAAGUCUACCGUCGGCAACCAUCGCUUCGCGAUAAUUCACUUAGAUCGCAGUCGUCGAUCCGUCGUCGUGCGCGUUUCGACUUUCUCCUCCUACUCCUUCUCCCCUUUCCGUCCCGUUCCCCUUUUUCUUCGCGAUCGCGAUCGAUCCGACACUGCGAUCGAUUCCACGUAUUUCGUAAAGUGUCCCACCUAUUCUUAUUUACCAUCUUUCCUUUUUUUUUUCUUCCUUUCACGUUCACCCGCGCGCGGAGACACGCAGAGAACGAGAUCUAGCGAGCAAGAGAGAGAAAGAGAGAGAGACAGAAAGACAGAGAGAGAGAGAGAGAGAGAGAGAGAGAGAGAGAGAGAGACAGAGGGAAAGACAGAGAGAUUCGGCCGUGGUGCGCGCGCGCGCGCGCGUGCGAUCACGGAUAGAUAGAGGGUGGGCCGCGCGGCAGAUCGCGCGACUUUCGAAGGACGAAAUAGCGAGAUGCGUCGCGAUGAUUCCGCGUCCUGAGCGGACACCCUCGACGCGAUUACUGACGAACACGAUCGUACUCAUCUCGCCCGAUCGGGACUGUCGUCUCUACCCGAGCCGAGAUCGUCUUCUCUCUCUCUCUCUCUUCUUUUAUCGUGCGCGCGAACUCGCGCGACGAUGAAGAGGACGAUACUAAACGCGACGAUUGCGAGGGUGACGAUGAUAAUGACGACGGCGACGACAAAGACGACUACGACGAAGACGACGACGACGACGACGACGACGACGAAGAUGAGACUACCGCUAAUCUCUUCGGUGGACGCGUCGACGUCUUGUUAUUGCUUCUAUCGGUGGUACAACGCGUCGUGAACGAUCGUACGAGACGUUUCCGAUACUUUUCGAAAAAGAGAUUUUAACGGAGAGAAAGAGAGAGAGAGAGAAAGAGAAAGAGAGAGGGAGAGAGAGAGAGAAAGAACAGAGAGAGGAAGACGGAGGGUAACGCGACGGGGUGGUUCCUCUCUCUCUUCGGGGUGACCGAGGCUUAGAACACCUCACCACCCCCGAGAAGAUCGUCAAGCAGCUCGGACGAUGUGGGCGUCUCUGCUUUUGGCCGGAUUCUUAAGCGGCUGGUGGGGCGCGUUCGCGUUAGCUGCGGCACCCCCCGCCAAUCGGAACACCCUCGAGGAAAGCGCGAAGCAUCGCGAAGCUUCAAGGACGACAGCCCUCGACACGGCGCUACAGCCCAUUUUGCAUCCCCAAACGAAUUCGCGAAUCGACGUGAGUCCGUUGACGCGACGACCGAGACACUCGUCCUCGCAAGAAGCGUCUCCUCGAGAGAUUUCCUCGAAAGCCGCCGCAGAAGCCGCCACAGCCUAUUAUCCCUAUCGUGAGGAAGUACCGACCGCCAACGACGGCCGGUUCUCGCGGUCGACCAAGCAACGUGGAAAGAAUCGCGGAAGGGCGGACUCUCCGCGCGAGCAAAGACGCGGAUGCAAGAUCAAGGGUACCUGUCGAGGUCAAAAUUGGUGUCCCGAUAUGGACGUCGGUAAUAGAGCCUAUUUGGCACCCACGGUCUUCGAGGGAAAGGCCAGAAGCAUGUCCUCGGUUAGAAAGCCUGGAUCAAACUAUGCCGUAACCUUCGAGGUAAAGCACGUUUAUAAGAGUCAACCAGGCUUUCCACCGCUACAGAAAAACGACAGCGUCAGGCUACACUUUCGCGACAAGUCCGCGCCCGGUAAAUCGACCGUAUGCGGAUACGAGGGCUACGACAACAAUGCCGCCGGCAAACAGCAACAACGAGGAGGUGGAGGUGGAGGAGGUGGAGGAGGAGGAGGAGCAGGAGGAGAUCAGAGUGGUGUGGUGCGCGCCAAUAUUAAGCGGGGUAAAGUGUAUCUAGUGUUUGUGAAUCGGGUUGGACCCAGAAACUUCACGAUCCUCGGUGAGCCGGUGAUUCGCAGCAAGAAGAACGAACAGGCGGUCCAGGCCGUCGUUCGACCGGACUACGUGCGAGAAGUUACGUUGUCCGAACUCAGGGACUCAAUAGCGAGGUUACGAGACAGAGUAAAGCUAGUAUGCAGAACGAGGGGAUCGCCGCCCCCAAGAGUGCAUUGGCUCAAAGACGGCAUACCACUACACCCAAGAAGAGGACUUAAAAUCCAACACAAAAGGCGGAGAUCGAAAAUCGUGAUAUCCUCCGCGAAGCCCGAAGACAGCGGCAGAUACGAGUGCAUUGCCGAGAGUACUUCAGGUCACCGGGCCUCUCUUGCGGCCCAACUUCUAGUCGCACACGAUACCAGAAUUCCGGAGACAACGACAGCGGCAUGGCCGAGGCAGGAGCAGCCCUGUCCAAUAGCAGGAGACUUUUGCAUGAACGGUGGUACCUGCCUAUUUUUUGAGACUGUCGGUGAACCAGCAUGCAGAUGCGCGGAAGGCUUCACGGGUCUACGGUGCGAGACGAAGGACGUCAUCAGCACCGGAAAUAUGGAUAAGUUUUCUUCGUUCGCCGAGGACGUGACGCUCGCCCGCUUCUAGCGCAUCUAGCGGCACUGCCAAGCUUGCACAUCAGGACAUUCAUCGUGUUUUGUUUUGUUGUAGCCUUACCCAUAACCCCUUCUCCAUUCCUAUCAAGGUUCCUGCAUUCGCGUCUUCGUCUUCAACAAUCUUCUUGGGCUCUCCUAUCGUAUAUUACCAAGAACAUUCCUUACAAUUUCUAAUUAUGCAAGGAAACGAUUGUUCAUCGACGACUAUAGAUCAUCUUCGUCAUAUCAUUUCGCGUUACAUCUCCAAUUAUUUACUUCCCUAUUAUCCAUUUAUUUCUCCAAUUUUUCUCCUACCACGUUAUUUCGAACGGAGGACAACACGACAUAGAUACUACGUACAUUUCGCAAAGGAGAGCCUCAGGAGACGAAGCGAGUCGCCGACCAACGUCGUUCUCGCGUAUCCCGCAUCCUGGACCGUCGUGAACCGAAAGAGCUAAAGGAAACGUCAGGAUGCAUACUUUUAGCUCGAAAGAGAUCCUCCUCGCAAAACUCCGAUCCGAAUCGACCAACACGACGACGAUGAUGACGACGACGAUGAGAUACUGUCAUCGGAAUCAUCGUGAAUCAGAUUAUCCUGACAAAACGUGAAGGUAUCAAUCUAUGCGUCUACGGUCUGGAAGAGGAUCAAAAAAAGAUGUGUAUUCGAUUAGAUCGGAGAAUCAAAAAUAUCUGCGGUUCGAGUUGAAGCUUUAAAUAGGAAAAAAAAAAAAGAAAAAGAAACAAAAAGAAAAAUGGAUACACGAAUGACGACGUUAUCGAUCGUGGCCUAUUUUUUUAGAAACUAGAAAGAGAAAGAGAAAUAACGAGACCAACGAAAGCAUUAUUGCAACAACGAGUUAAUUCGAUUCGAUCGAUUCGAAUUACGUCUAUAGAGAAUUUUUAAUAUUAACACGCGAUCGAUCAUUGAAUUUUAAAAAAGAAACCUCAUCGAUGAUACGUCAUUCUCACGUGUAUACUUUUUUUUCUUUUUUUUUCUUUUUUUUUCCCAUUUAGGAAGGAUCGAAAGGAAGAGCGACGUCAUCUUUUUUCUUUGUAAGAAAAAAAAAAAAGAAAAGAAAGACACACAACAAACAAACAAAAGAAAAAAGAAGAAGGAGAAAAAAAUGUGAACGAAAGUAUGUCGAAUGAUCUUGAAAACGGAAAAAGAGAAUGAGAGUGAAUUAUGAGAAAGGACGUGGUAACUACGAUAGAAAAUAGAAAAGUAUUUGGCCGAAAGGAGUUGUCGUGAACCUUAUCUUAGAACACGUGGAAGUUCGAGAGAGUAGAACACGUGGACGAAAAAGAUUUCA